AUGUCUGACUACAAGCCAACCGAACACGACGGACUCCGCAAGGAUGGCCAGCCCGACCAGCGUGUCCAACAAGACAGCUUCGCCCACGGCAAGGUUGACCCUCAUGAGGCUGGCAAGAAGGGCGGCCAGAGCUCCGGCAGCUCCGGCACCUCAAGCGGAGGUAGCGAGAACCCCCAGGGUGCUUCCAACCUCGGUGGUGAUGGAUUGCGAAAGGAUGGUCAGCCAGACCAGCGCUUGAAGCAGAACCAGUAG